AUGAUGUCACUAGAAAAAGAAAAACUAAUUCAUCUUAUUUUUUCCUCAAAAGAUGCUGGUCCCAGGUCAGCCACAGGUAAAGAUGGACGAUCUCAGUUUGGUUUGGAUUCCUUUUCUUCAUCCAAGACUACUACCUCAACUCCAAAGCUUUUCAACAGUCUGUUACUUGGCCCUGGGUCUUCCAGUAACAAAACAGAGGGAUCCAGCCUCAGAGAUCUACUGAAUUCUGGCUCAGCAAAGCUGCCACCAGGGGCUCCAGAGUCUGGCAUUCCGUUUCCACCAGUUUUUCCAUCCCCCACAGCAGGUGGUAAAGGGAAAGCUGGCCUGCCAAACUUUCUAGAUCACAUCAUUGCGUCUGUUGUGGAGAACAAGAAGACCACUGAGCCAGUAAAAAAGGCAAACAAUUCUACAGAGUCACAGAAGGAAGUGAAAGAAACUGUGAUUGGUCUAAGUGUUCUGGAUCCAAAUACAUCCCAUUCAUGGCUGUGUGAUGGCAGACUCCUUUGCUUGCACAAUCCAAGUGAUAAGAACAACUGGAAAAUAUUCAGGGAAUGCUGGAAACAGGGGCAGCCAGUUCUUGUGUCUGGAGUACAGAAAAAGCUAGAAACAGAUCUUUGGAAACCAGAAGCCUUCAGCAGUGAGUUUGGAGAUCAGGAUGUUGACCUGGUAAACUGCAGGAAUUGUGCUAUCAUUUCUGAUGUGAAAGUUCGUGACUUUUGGGAUGGUUUUGAAAUCAUCAGUAAACGUUUGAGGGCAGAAGAUGGACAGCCAAUGGUUUUGAAGCUUAAGGACUGGCCACCAGGAGAAGAUUUCCGGGACAUGAUGCCAGCAAGGUUUGAAGAUUUGAUGGAAAAUCUUCCUUUACCAGAGUACACUAAAAGAGAUGGAAAACUGAAUCUUGCCUCCCGCCUUCCUGACUACUUUGUACGACCUGACUUGGGUCCAAAAAUGUAUAAUGCAUAUGGUCUUACUUCAACAGAAGAUAGAAAGGUUGGUACAACAAAUCUCCACCUUGACGUUUCAGAUGCUGUAAAUGUUAUGGUCUAUGUUGGAAUCCCAGAUGGGCAAGGGCACCAAGAAGGUGAGGCAGAUUUCACUGGAACAAAAGAGGUGAUGAUGACAAUAGCAGAAGGAGAUGUGGAUGAACUCACACAGCAUCGGAUCCAUGAAGGAAAGGAAAAGCCAGGUGCACUUUGGCACAUAUAUUCUGCUAAAGAUGCAGAAAAAAUCCGGGAGAUGCUGAGAAAGGUUGGAGAGGAGCAAGGUCAGGAAAAUCCUCCAGAUCAUGACCCAAUCCAUGAUCAAAGCUGGUAUUUGGAUCAGACACUGCGCAGACGACUUUUAGAAGAGUAUGGAGUCCAAGGCUGGGCAAUAGUGCAGUUUUUGGGGGAUGCUGUGUUUAUUCCUGCGGGUGCCCCACAUCAGGUGCAUAAUUUGUACAGCUGUAUUAAAGUUGCAGAAGAUUUUGUGUCACCUGAACAUGUACGACACUGUUUUCGCCUAACUCAGGAGUUCCGACAUCUGUCCACCACACAUUCAAAUCAUGAAGAUAAACUACAGGUUAAAAACAUUAUUUACCAUGCAGUGAAAGAUGCAGUAGGAACAUUAAAGGCCCAUGAAUCUAAACUGGCGAAAUCCUAGAAUCUGUAUUUGCUGCUGAUCUGUUGGCUGUUCAGUUAUCCAGUACAUACUGGGAACUCUUAAGUGCUACGAUGGACAAUACUGCCUGAAUCGCUGCACUGCUUACUGGGAGAAGGUGCUGCAGUAUUAACACACAAACUAUUCCAGAUCACACGGUGUUUCCUUUGUGCUGCCUCCUAGUGAUGGUAGAAGAGAGUGGCAAAGUAUCUGUAGUUGAAGUAAACCGCAUCCCUUUGCUCUGGGGCUUUGAUGAGAUCUGAACAGAGAGGUCAGACUCCCACUUUUACAGAAAGAAGUGAACUACAAGAACAGUUCUUCUGGUGUCUUACUGCUACUUAUCUGUGAAUGGGUUAAACUUGAUGUUAAUCCUGUUUUUAAUGAGAAAGGGUGAUCCUCAUCUUGCCAUGCAUUUCCUGGUGCUACAUUUAUAUGUUGUACAUUGGAUUCGGGAACAACUUUCAAAGUGGGAUAUGACAUCUUAAAACAUAGCCCCUCAUUCUAAUAGGCAUUGGUUAAUACUGUAAAAAGUCCCGCAGUAUAGAGAAAAUAAGAUUUUAUUAUACAAGAAAGGGUUAGAAAAUUAUGCAUUAGAAAUCUCUAGACGUUUGUAGUGAAACAUUAUUCUUGCCUGAAAAUUGAGCUGUUUAGAUCACUGAUUGCCGCAGUUGGAAUUGUAAAUUGUUGCAGAGGGGCACAUUGCAUUCUUCAGUCUUCCUUUUAGAGGGAUACAAAAUUCCACAAAGGAAUAAUUUACUUGAUGUGGCUAUGCUCAGCAGGACAACUUGUAUUCUUUGAGAGGUGCACAGCCACUAUCCCAGCUUUCCUGGAAACCAUCCUUGCAUAGCAGUAGGGUUGAGGCCUGACCCUGCUAUUUUACUACAGUGACGUACAGGCUGUCGCUUAGACGCAUGCUGCUUGAUCUGACGCUGAUAAAAAGGCAGAUGAUCACAGACUUUUCGAGGCUGACUUAGUCAUCUGUAAAUUCUCAAUGGAACUGGUAAAGCAUUUGGAACUCGAGAGCAAAAGCAGAAGUCCGAAGACUGGUCUGUCCAGUAAGCACACUGAAAAAGCUUCUUUACGAACUGUGUCAUUUGGUACUGUUGUACCAAGUGUAGUUCUGUUUAUACAUUUAUGGUUAUUUCAUUUUUUAAUAAAAGCUCUUAAAAGAAAAAAA